CAAAGAUAUUCAGAAAUCGUGAAAUGAUCGACAAGUCGUUCCCAGACGAUUCUUUUUUUAGUAUUUUGGAAUGUUACCCCUGUAGAAGGACAGGCCCGAUUUACAGCAGGUGGCCUCCGGCUUCGCCGCUGGCUUCGCCUCGGGGGUGGUUGCCUCGCCCACGGAGCUGGUCAUGACGCAGCAGCAGGUGAAAGGAGGCUCCAUCGGCGCGAGCGUUGCCCGCGUCGCCGCGGGCGGCCCCAGCACCUGCCUGAGGGGGCUUUCCGCCACGUGCUUCCGCGAGGGCAUCUUCGCGGCGGCCUACCUCGGCCUGGCGCCGGUGCUGCGCGCGAAGCUCCGCGAGGCGGCGCCUGGGGCGAACGAGGAGGCCCUGCGCGUGCCGGCGGCGCUGGGAGGGGCGGCGGUGUGCGGGAUCCUCUCGCACCCGUUCGACACGGUGAAGACUUGCAUGCAGGGGGACAUCGAGCGGUCGGUGUACGGGACCACACGCCAGACCGUCAGCGCCAUCUGGGCCAGGGGCGGCGCCGCGGCGCUGUACCGCGGCAUCGAGUUUCGCUUCCUGCGGCAGGCGUGGCAGGUGUGGGUCCUGGACCUGCUGCGGGAGAGGCUCUCCCCCGUGCUCUUCCCCUCGUCCGCCAGCCUGGCGCCGCGCGCCGCGGGCCGUCGGCGCCCGCGCCGCGGCAGCGCGAGGCGCCGGUGGGGCGCCCCGCGCCCUCCUCGCGCGGGCGGGGAGCCCGCGCAGGGGGGUGCCGUCGCUGCCCGGCGUCCCCUCUGCGGCGGGCCCGCUGCCGGCCGCGCCCGCGAGCGGGGGGGGGGUCGUUGCGAGGGCGAGGGGCUGCAACGGAAGGGCACCGACGGCUGAACGCCGCCAGCGGCCCGGAAUCGGUCGAUGCUGCACAGUGGCGUUUCGGCAACGGCCGCUCGUCCCGCGGAGUCCAGAGCCACCGCCAGGAAGCCUCCCCUGCCUUCUUGGAAUGUCUCCCGCCUCCCCCCCUCUUCCGCGCUGCCGACCAUGGCAGGAAAUAUUAUAUGAACUCGCAGGCGCGAAUGAUCUGUGAAGCCCCAUUCGCACGCAGAGAUCUUGAUUUUCCUUUUGAUCUCGCGAGCGCGCAGAGCGUCGGGGUUUCGUUUUUGGGCGCCUCCGAGUAGGGGGCCUCGGCAGGCAGCAGUCACCUGGGCCCUAGAUGCAUCCACCGUCCUGUGCCCGAGCCUGGGGACCCGCGCUUCAGUGCGCGCACGCCCCAGUUGCGAGCCACAGCGAUUCGGGCUUCGAGCAUUCUUGGCCACCAGCGCAAGGUGGGGUUCUGCGCAAGGUGAACUUCUACCUCCGUGACAUUUUCUCGCCUCGCGGCAAUGUCGGCCCCCUUGCUUUGCUGCUUACUACUGCAGCUCCGGAAUGGUUUCUCCGCCAGGGUGAACGCCGACUUGCCGUCGGUGGUGCGACCACUGCGUGCACAUCUUUCUCAGAGUCCGCAGUCAAUACCUCGCCACACACAGACGAUUUUGGCCAUCGAGAGGUACCCAAUGCUUGGUCUCUCGUUCUUGAUCCCCUCCGCGCCUGACGUUUCAGGAAAACGAGCUCCCGAGAGUCAAUCGAGGGCGAGCGAGGAAGGGAAG